AUGAAGUCAGCGCAAUGUUCAUGUUCAGGAUAUUACCUACUCGCAAUGACUGAUUCUAUCUUAGAUUAUAUCUCUCUGUAUUCAAUAUAUUUAAGCAAAUUAAGUUAUUCGUUGAUUUCAUUCUUGCUUACCUUUUUUCUUGUUUUCUUCAUAGCAUCGAGAGUCAUCAAAUACAAAACAAACAGAUCAUCAUCAUCAUCAUCAUCAUCAUCAUCAUCAUCAUUGAAAAGAGAUAAAGAGAAGAUGUCAGAACAAUCGUUAAACUUACUAGUUCUAGGGAAUGGUGGUAGAGAACAUGCCCUAGUUUGGAAGCUUGCUCAAUCAAAAACAGUAAACAAAAUAUACGUUGCUCCAGGUAAUGGUGGUACAAAUUCAUCUAACGACGAUGAAAGGAUCAUAAACUUACCAGAUUUAUCACCAAUACCAUUGAACUUCACCAAAUUACAAGAUUUCGCUGCAAAAAAUAACAUCGAUUUAGUCAUUCCUGGUCCUGAACAACCAUUAGUAGAUGGUAUCACUGAUAUCUUCAAUAAAAUUGGUAUCCCUAUCUUUGGUCCAUCUUCAAAUGCAUCUCAAUUAGAAGGUUCUAAAAUCUUUUCCAAAAAAUUUAUGAAAAAUCAUAAUAUUCCAACUGCUAACUAUAAUGAAUUCAACAACGCAGAAUCUGCAAUCACUUAUAUAAAUUCACAACUAGAUAAACAAGAUCAAAAAAUUGUUAUUAAAGCAGAUGGUAUUGCAGCAGGUAAAGGUGUCAUCUUACCCACCACAAAAGAAGAAGCAUUACAAGCAAUCCACUCAAUAAUGAUAGAUAAACAAUUCGGUACCGCUGGUAAUAAAUUAAUCAUUGAAGAAUUCUUAGAAGGUCAAGAAAUUUCAAUAUUAACUAUUUCUGAUGGAUACUCUUAUUUCAAUUUACCACCUGCUCAAGAUCAUAAACGUAUAUUGGAUGGUGAUUUAGGAUUAAAUACCGGUGGUAUGGGUUGUUAUGCUCCUGCCCCUGUCGCAACAAAGAAACUUUUACAAAAAAUUGAUAACGAGAUUAUUAAACCAACUAUUGAUGGAUUGAGAAAGGAUCGUUUACCAUUCGUUGGAGUAUUAUUUACUGGAAUUAUAUUGACUUCAAUGGGUCCAAAAGUAUUGGAAUAUAAUGUUAGAUUUGGAGAUCCCGAAACUCAAACUGUUUUACCUUUAUUGUCAGAUGAAACUGAUUUGGCUCAAGUGUUCUUGGCUGCCGCUCAACAUAGAUUAGAUUCUGUACCAAUUGGAAUUCAAAAUAAUAAAUUUGCAACCACGGUGGUUAUGGCAGCUGGUGGAUAUCCGGAAACUUAUAAUAAAGGUGAUAAGAUCACAAUUAAUACAGAACUUUUACCAAGGGAUACUUAUAUUUUCCAUGCCGGUACAACAAUACAUAAUGGUGAAUUAGUCACUAACGGUGGUAGAGUCAUUGCUGUAUCUUCAGUAGCAAAUUCAUUAAGAGAAGCUGUCGAUACUGCUUAUGAAGGGAUAAAAUGUAUUGAUUUUAAAGAUAAAUAUUAUAGAAAUGAUAUUGCUCAUCGUGCUUUCCAAACACAGAUCACGUCAAAAGAACAACAAACAACAAGUAUAACGUAUGAAGAUUCUGGGGUUUCCGUUGAUAAGGGGAAUUUAUUAGUUCAAAAGAUAAAAAAUAAAGUGAAAUCAACAAGAAGGCCAGGUGCUGAUUCAGAUAUUGGUGGCUUUGGUGGUCUUUUCGAUUUGAAAGCAGCAGGUUAUAAAUUAGAUGAUACUUUGUUAGUCGCUGCUACAGAUGGUGUAGGUACUAAAUUAUUGAUUGCACAAGAAACAAAUAUUCAUGAUACCGUAGGAAUUGAUUUAGUUGCCAUGAAUGUUAACGAUCUAGUGGUACAAGGUGCUGAACCAUUAAUCUUUUUAGAUUAUUUCGCUACAGGGAAAUUAGAUCUUCAAAUAGCAUCAGAUUUCGUCUCUGGUGUCGCAGAUGGUUGUAUACAAAGUGGUUGUGCCUUAGUUGGUGGUGAAACUUCUGAAAUGCCAGGAAUGUACCCAGUGGGUCAUUAUGAUACUAAUGGUACUGCUGUAGGUGCUGUUAAUAAAAGUGACAUUCUACCAAAGGUAAAUGAAAUGGAAGCUGGUGAUAUAUUAUUAGGUCUCGCUUCUGAUGGUGUUCAUUCUAAUGGGUUUUCAUUGGUGAGGAAAAUUAUAGAACAUAGUGGGUUGAAUUGGGAUGCAGAAUGUCCAUGGGAUCCAUCAAUGACAUUAGGUAAUGCUAUCCUUGUACCAACAAGAAUAUAUGUUAAACAAUUAUUACCAUCAAUUAGAGAAAAAUUAUUACUUGGGUUAGCACAUAUUACAGGAGGUGGGUUAGUUGAAAAUAUUCCUCGUGCAUUACCUUCGCAUUUACAAGCUAUUGUGGACAUGUCUACAUGGGAUGUUCCAUCAGUAUUCCGUUGGUUCGGUAAGACUGGUAAUGUUCCAAUAAAUGACAUUUUAAAGACUUUAAAUAUGGGUAUUGGUAUGGUCUUGAUUGUGAAACCGCAAAAUAUUACCAGAGUGAAACAAUUAUUAGAAGAAGCUAAUGAAACUGUAUAUCAAAUUGGGGAAUUGAAGACGAAAGCAUCAUCCAAUGAACCAGGUUGUAUUAUUCAAAACGCUACUAGUUUGUAUUGA